UCUUUCUGCGCUCAGACGCUUCUGGACUUCGCUGCGGAUCGGACGGGACACUGUUUGUUAUCAUUUGGAGGUUAAAGUGGAGCAGUGGCGUGAAAAAAAACUCACCAGAACAUCCACGGAGGAGUUAAAAGUUCAUCACUGAGUGGAAGAAAAACUCGAACUGGAAGAAUUCUUGGGAAAUAACUGGAAAUUUAGGACGAACUGUUUUUUCUUGAGGGAUUUUUCCAAUAAAUCUGCAGGAGAACUGAGUCCAUGAUGGUUUGAGGAGCAUGGUGGGACUGCUGGACUGAGAUCUGGUUUCUGGACUGAGAUCUGGACUGGUUCUGGACUGGUUUUGGAUCUGGUCUAAAUGCGGCUGGCUGGAGACUCUGCACCGGGAACCAUGAGCGGCGGUGGUGGCUCCGGUAACUUUCUGCUGGUUCCGAUCCCGGAGUUCCCUCUGCUAGACUGCGUCCCCAACAAGACGGUGAAGAUCGUGGUUCUGGGAGCCAGUAACGUGGGAAAAACCGCUUUAAUUGUCCGGUUUCUGACCAAGAGGUUCAUUGGAGAUUAUGAAGCAAACACAGGAGCACUCUACUCCAGGAAAGUGACACUGGAUGGGGAGGAAGUGUCACUUCAGAUCCAGGAUACUCCCUGCGUCGCCCUCCAGGACGAUCCUGAGGGUUUGUACUGCCAGGAGCAGAUCAACAGGUCGAUCUACUGGGCGGACGGCUAUGUGCUGGUUUUCUCCAUCACAGACCACAACAGCUACCGAACCAUCCAGCCGUUGUACCAGCAUGUCAGACGCAUCCACCCAUCUGGAAACAUACCGGUCAUAUUGGUUGGCAACAAGAGUGACCUGCUCAGAGCCCGGCAAGUUCCUGCAGACGAAGGAGAGACGCUGGCAGCUUCACUAGGAGGAGUUUACUUUGAGGCCUCGGCCAGAGAGAACCACGAGGGAGUCCACGGCGCCUUUCUGCAUCUCUGUCAGGAGGUGAUCCGAGCAUUCGGAGGAAGUAACGGCGAGAAGCGGCGAGGAGGCCUCCACUUGGCCAGACCCAAAUCUCCCAACAUGCAGGAGUUGAAGAGGAGGUUCAGGCAGGUCCUCUCCUCCAAAGUCAAGUCCGCCACGACCAUCUGAAAGCAUCCAGACGGACUGGUGGCAAAACUAAGGGCUGAAGUGGAAAUAAAGCUGAAGAAAACUGUCAGGAAGAAGUCCUGAAACCCGCUGAACUUCUGUUAAAGUGAUCAAAGCAUUUCAAAGAGCACAAAGUGUCCCGAUCAGACGGAUGGAUAAAGACUGAACUGGCAGCUUUGCGGUCGACUCAACCUGCUUCUUCCCAGGAUCAAGCCCAACCAGGACACUGCUGAAACAAACAAACAGCUGGAGUUGUCACAAACUUGGCCGGUUUAUCGUGAAGCAGAACUCUCCAGGACGGUUCAUGUCUUCGUGACUGAAGUGAAUUAAAUACGCCAAAAUAAUAAAGACUUGUCAACUUUA